AUGCCGACACCACUACCAUCGAGUUUUGCUUCUGCCGCAGCUGGCAACACCCAGGAUGCCACCAGGCGAGGGGAUGGGACUGCUGGCGGAGAAUGGUCUCGAUCCCGCAUGAACGGAGCUACUCAGACCUUCCGCCGUCCCUCCGUGGCGACGAACCCAUCUCACACCCGAGAGAGUAGCCAUCAAGCUUCCGUGUCGACCCCGACCGGGUCCGGGGCCUAUAUUCCUCCACACUUGAGCUCAAAUUCGCUGUCUGGUCCGCCGCGGAACGGGGAGGCCCGAUACUCGAAAGACCAACUCCUUGACUUUUAUAAGACACAACGGGAGACAGGAUCUUUGGGGAAAAAUGUGGAAGACUACUUUGUGGCUGACUGGGACCCUCAUAUGGUGACACCCCCCGUGAAUGGGGCGUGGGGGAAGCGGGAUGACCACAAGACCUCUGCAGGCCCUGAGGUGUGUUGGGAUCAUGGUGGACAGGCAGAGCCUCUGGGGCUGGUUGAUAUGUCUGACGGCGAGAAAGAGUUGUUCUCUGCGUCAGUCAAUUCCCCUCUCAAGCCCCCACCCACCAACGCAGCAAAAGAAAACACUGCACCCGGAGCUGGAGGUCGAAAACCAUCCAUUUCCUAUACGCAGGGUCACAUAAAUAACUACAGCACUUCCUCCCCGAACGCGGCUCGUCCAGGCGCCCGGCGCCGAGAGACUGGAGACUCGAUGGGCAACCCGAUGUCUCCUACCGGGACGAGCUCUCGGUUUUUCCGCGAUGACGCAAAUACGUCGACUCCUCCUCCAGCCCUCUUACGUCGCAAGACUGAUUUCCGAGAAUCGAGCACCAAGACGGAUGACAAGGCUAAGGAGAAUGCCCCCGAAGCUGCUUCUCCGUUCGGUACCUUGAAGCGCAGCUCCACCAAUCCCUUGAACACGGCUAUCAGCGGUCCCAGCUCGCCGUGGGGCCCAGCUUCCGCAUCGCACAAUGCCAAUUUCUCGCCAAUGGGCGCCUUCGGCGCUUUUUCUUUGGGUGCUAACACAGCGCAGACACCCACAACGGAGAAAAAAGCUGGCUUUGGAAGUCUUCGCGGCGAGAGCAGAUUCAAGGGCCUGCUGUCGAAGGAUAGCACCGAGGAUUUGGCGGGCUCUGCCAAGGACAAAGCUCUGGGCAAUCUCGAGCGACUGACUGAGGACGAAGGUGGCAGUCGUUCGCAGUCGCCCUGGGCUGACGGGUUCAAGACACGUGCCAAUCGGAGUGAGACAAAUCCCUUCGAUGAGCCUCGUAGUGGCAGCGCUGCCCUUGGCGGAUCUCAGGAUGUUGAAGCACCAUCCCAGGCCGAUAUGGGCUUUGGCGCAUUCGGCAUGACAUCCAGCAUCCCGGGCUUCCGCGAGUUGAUGCAGAGCCAGGAGAACUCUCGGAAUCCCACUCCUAGCCUUCUCCAAGGGCAUGAACCGACCAGCCCGACCAACACGAACCCUUACCAAAGCCCUCAUGGUGAUCGGACGGGUGAUGCAGAGGAUGUAGAUACUGAUGGAUCAGAUAUCCAGCACCCCCAGCACCCCGGCUUGAGCGGUUUGCGGGAUCCUUCCAAUCCGUUUGGGUCGAUGAGACGGGUUGGGUCUGGGAUGGAUCUCCCCACCAUUGAUCGCAGCCAGAACUCCAGCGCGAACGCUAACCGAAACUUCUCCGGUCUCGGUGGUUUGGGCGGCCUGGGUGGUCUCGGUGGAGCUUCUGGUUGGCCAUCCAGCGGUGCUAUAGGUACUCCCACUCGCGAGCGUUCUGCCUUCGUGGGUGGGUUUGGAGACCCGAUCUUUGGCACCAUGGGUGACUUGCAGUCUCCCAGUCUGUCCACCCUGGGUGGCGGUGGCCUCUUCAGCCCGCAUGCUGGCCUUUCUGGUACUGCCAGUAUCGGUCGAUCCAGCAAGUUGGGUGCUCUCUUUUCUGGAAUGGCAGAAGAACAAGGCCGUUCGGAGUCUGUGGGCUUGGAGGAUGGCAGGGGACAGAUUGACCUUCAACAGGCAGAGAAGGCGGGACAGACAAGCAAGCCUGGCUCCAACUCUGCUUCGCAAACGCCAGUCUCGGCGGUUGGCUCAAUCCCCGCUGGCCUCAGCCAUGAUGCUGGGCAGGUGCCUACCCCUGGUGGAUCUCUUUCUUCGGCUCAACAACGCACCAUGGUCAUGCCUGAUCGGAUGCGCUGGAUUUAUCGUGAUCCUCAGGGCAAUAUUCAAGGACCGUGGACUGGACUUGAAAUGCAUGACUGGUUCAAGGCUGGAUUUUUCAGUCCCGAUUUACAGAUCAAGAAACUGGAAGAUGUAGAGUUCGAACCGCUAGCGCAGCUAGUUCGCCGGAUUGGGAACUCUCGUGAACCUUUCCUCGUCCCUCAGAUCGGGAUUCCUCAUGGUCCCGAGCCUGCCCCUGGUCAGUGGACUGGAAAUGCUGCGGGCUCUGCCCAGCCCCCGUUCCCUGGCAGUUUCCCCAGCUUCGGUACCACCUUGACGGCCGAACAGCAAAAUGCUUUGGAGCGCCGAAAGCAGGAAGAGCAAUAUCUCAUGGCUCGCCAGAAAGAACACCUUGCGCAGCAACAAGCUAUUAUGAAGCAGAUGCAGGUCCCGGGUGCCCCUCCAUCUUUGCAGCCUCAACUCCAGCAUCAAUCUAGCGCCCACAGUCUUCACAGCCAGCCUAGCUUCGGAAGCAUCACUUCUCCUGCUGGUUAUCAGCCUUCUCCAAUCCAGGCCCCGGUGCAAGGGCAGCAGCCCUCCCAGGGCCUCCCCGGUUUCUUCGAUGCCGCUGGUCCCAUUAGACAGAGUGGAUUACCCAAUGUUGGACCGGGGAUGUUAGGCACGGAACUCGGUAGCCAGGAUCAACUGCCAGCUCUCCUGGAUCGUCUAAAUGUGGGCCGCCAGGAUCCAUUUGCCUUUGGAAGCGCUGGUUCAUUCGCCGGCCGCCAGCCGGAUAGCUUCCUGCAUUCCCAGCAAGUAGCCUCCAUGCUCCAAGACCGCGCUCAGCUCCAGCAGGAACAAGAGCAGUUUGAUCACGCCAACGCCAACGAUCCAUUCGAUCAGCAAGCCCGCGAGGAGAGACUCCGUCAAUUCCAUGCUUUAAGAGCUCAGGAGGGGGAGCUUGGUAUGCGGACUGUUGAUGGUCUACCCACGCACCCUGCUGCUGCCGCUGAUCAGCAGCUUGAGCUGGAGACUGUUGCAGCCACCACUGAGGUAGUGACUGAUACCGAAUCCGUUGAUUUGGAACCUGCACUCACUCUUUCUCAGCAAGUUCAAAAGGCCGCGUCCGCCAAACUCCAGCAACAACAGGAGGAGCAGGAUCAACAGAGCCAAGCACCUCCGGACCCUUCCCCCCCACCACCAUCGGCCUCUCCCCUGCCCGCUCCCGCGGCUCAACGUAACCGCCAGAACGUUGCUGAGUCUCUUGCUGCUGGCUCUCGCUCCCAGACUCAAACCCCAAUUGAUACCCCCGCUACCUCCGUUGCCCCUUGGGCAAAGGACGCCAAUGAGCUCCCUAAGGGCCCAUCCUUGAAGGAAAUCCAAGAAGCUGAAGCUCGUAAUGCCGCACAGCGGGAGGAAGUUGCCGCCGCCGCUCGGCGUGCCCAGCUUCUCGCAGAACAAGAACGUCUUAGCCAGGCCCAGGCUCAGGUUGUUCCUGGGCUUCCCUCGUCUGCCAACUGGGCCAGCAGUGGUUCCCCUGCUACUCCUUCGUCUACUGGCUCGCCAUGGAACACCAAGGCCCAACCCGCCCAGACCAAUACCGCCACCAAGAAGACUCUGGCUCAGAUCCAAAAGGAAGAGGAGGCUCGCAAGCAGCGUUUAGCUGCGGCCGCGAUUGCCGCAGCUCAGACUGCUACCCCAAGCCCCCCAGCUUCUGUCGGCAAGCGAUAUGCUGAUCUCGCCAGCAAGGCCGCUCCUGCCCCCUCCGGUAUCACUGCUGCGGUUGCUGCCGCUACCGGUACUCCCGUCUCUUCCGGUGCCUGGACCACUGUUGGUGCUGGAGGAAAGGCUAAGGCUCCCCCGGCCGCUCCUCUCGGCCCUCGCUCUACCAGUGGCACUGUCCCCAUGGCCGCCGCUGCUAUUGCUAAGCCCCGCCCGAGUGUUGCUACCCGUACCGUGACCGUGGGCAGCGUCCCCACCUCCAACUCAAACCGGGCUGUGGAGGAGUUCACCAAGUGGGCUAAGCUGGCACUGGGCAAGGGUCUGAACAGUAACAUCAAUGUCGAUGACUUUGUUCAGCAACUUCUUUUCCUCCCUGCCGAAGCUGAGAUCAUCUCGGACUCCGUCUACGCCAACUCCCAGACCCUCGACGGCCGUCGUUUCGCCGACGAGUUCAUCCGCCGCCGUAAGCUUGCUGAUAAGGGUGUUGUUGACCCUGUUUCCCCCAGUGCGUUCGGCGAACAGAAUAACGGCGGUGGCUGGAGCGAGGUUGCCAAGAAGGGCUCGGCCGCUACUCCCACUGCCGCGACCCAGCGUGAGGAGGAGGCCAGUAACGCUGCGUUCAAGGUCGUUGCUCCUCGCAAGAAGGGCAAGCGGUAA